UAUGUGUAAGAAUGACUGCACUGCUUAUUAGAAUGCAGUAUUUGUUAUAUAUGUAUUGUAAUGCAGCUUCGUUUUUUUAGUACACUUCAUGUAUGAAACUAAAAUAACUUUUUUAUCAACCUGCACUUGCGAUUCCCCGGCCUUUGAGAAGGGACGGUGAAGUUUAUUGUGGCGCUUUACACCCACGUUUGAGUUCCUUAAGAACAGCUACCUCCAUCACUUCUUACGGUUUUGUGUUUUCGUGUUGAUUUCCUUGGGAGAACAGCUACCUCUGUUACUCUUUACGGUUUUGUACUUUCGUUUUCAUGUGCAAAGCCGGCGAAUGAAUUUUACAGCUAAUAUGGAUUGUAAACUUGACUUUAUUUUAUUUCUAGCAGUCUUCGUACUGGGUGUUGGUCGUGCCCAGGAUGACAAUCAAGCACCACUUCUUGUUCAUGGACGAAAGGGGACGUCAGCAAGGUUUUAUAUUGUUUUUUCUGAAGGACAAAAUGUUAUUGAGAAUGAAUGGAGAUUUGGAAAAACGAAACCUAUAAAUAAGAUUCUGGAACUCAGCUGUGCUGAAAAAGUGACAAAGGACUACAUAAAAAAUAUGGAAAACAGACUGACACUCCAUGAAAAUACUUCUUUGGAGAUUUCAAAUUUACAGCCAGAGGACCAGGGGCUUUAUAAUGGUCUUGUAAUUCUCCAAAGUAAUCGUCAGAUAUACCAUCUGUAUAAUCUACAGAUUCAUGAGCAAUUUCCUUAGCCAGUAAUCAGAUGGGAGGGAAGCUCUGCAUGCCUUUCUCUAGGUAUUCCACAUAGAGUUAUUGACGACGUUCACUGGUACAAGGAAGAACCUAAAAGUGGUGAGUUGAAGAUCGCAUCUGUGGUUGGGGGCACCACGAAGAAUAUUUUUGUGAAGGAGCUGAUGCCUCAGCUGGAGAUAAACACAAACGACUGUGACUUGAAAAUAAAUAGUUUGCAGCUAAACAACAGUGGGAUAUAUCGUGCUGAAUCAUACCUAAGAAAUAAGAACCAUGAAGAAAUAAAGUUCCAGCUCAUUGUUUAUGAAAGUUCCACAAAAAAUGUGACUGGUAGAGAGGAAGAGUCAAUUCAACUACGUUUGUCAAGUUCAAAUGAGCCGUUUGAUGAGAUUAAAUGGAUAUUUGGGAAAUGCUCACCAGAAGUGACAAUCGCACUACUUGGAAAAAAUGGUUCUGUGAGUUACAAAACAGAAAAGAAUGAAUCAAGGUUGAACCUGAACGCAGCAGAUGGCACACUACAGAUUAAUAAGCUGCAGCUGACAGACAGCGGUGCAUACAAAGUCAAGGUCAAGUUUAAUGGUACAGUUAAGCGUCAGAUAUUUCAUCUCACUGUCAAAGAAAACAUAUUUUAUGUGAGUGGGACAGAGGGACAGAGUAUCCAUUUCCCUAUAAAUGUCAAGAACCAGACAUUUCAAAAGAUUGAGUGGACAUUUGGGACCAGAAGACCAUAUCAGAAGAUCGCUUCAUUUUCUCCUGAGUAUUCUAGGACAAAUUACACAGAGCAGUUUUCUUCAAGGCUGAAGUUGGAUGCUGAAGAUAGCUCGUUAAAUAUAACGGAUUUGUUCAUUCAAGAUUGUGGUUUUUAUGAAUGCUUUAUUAUGCUUAGCAGUGGAACGUCAUUACGGAAAAUGUUUCACCUGGAAGUUACUGGAAAUUCAGUCAUUAUAAUCAAGACUGAAGGAGAGUCAGUUCGCCUAUCUGUUGGAAAAAUAAUAGGGAUGUUGUCUGAAAUUGACUGGAGGUAUGGAAGCACAGCUCCAAAUGAGAAAAUUGCAGGAGGUCGUCAUGGAGGCAUUGCAGUCUAUUAUCAAAACAAAAACAGAACCAAGAAAAGAUGGAGCCUGAACAUUACAGACGGCUCUUUUCAAAUCGAUGACUUAAAGAUGGAAGAUAGUGGUGUUUAUGAUUCUAUUAUUAUGACAAGCUCAGCUAUACCUUUACAUAAAAUGUUUCAUCUUGUUGUACAAGGAAAAACGAAAUACGUUGAAGGUCCAACUGUUGGUGAGGUAGUACUGAGCAUUCUUCUGACUGUUACGUGUGUGAUAAUUGGAGUUUUGCUUUUUCCAUCAAUAAGGAGGAAGGUGACAAGAUGCAGGAUGCAACAAGAAAGGGUUGUCAGAUAUAGUGAGGCCUCCCAACAAAGUCCAGAAAGUACAGAACUCAACUGUAUAGAAAUGAGAGAGUUACAAGAAGCAAUGUAAAAAACAAAGAUUUCAGAAUGACCAUGACUCUACAGCCAUGUAUUAUAAUAAUGAUAAUCCGAAGACAUCACGAUGACCAUGGCUCUACAGCCUUGUAUUAUAAUAAUGAUAAUCCGAAGACAUCUGGAUGACCAUGGCUCUAUAGCCAUGUAUUAUAAUAAUGAUAAUCCGAAGGCAUCGAGAUGCCCAUGACUCUACAGCCAUGUAUUAUAAUAAUGAUAAUACAAAGACAUCAGGAUGACCAUGGCUCUACAGCCUUGUAUUAUAAUAAUGAUAAUCCGAAGACAUCAGGAUGACCAUGGCUCUACAGCUUUGUAUUAUAAUAAUGAUAAUCUGAAGACAUCAGGAUGACCAUGACUCAACAGUCAUGUAUUAUAAUAAUGAAAAUCCGAAGGCAUCGAGAUGCCCAUGAAUCUACAGCCAUGUGUUAUAAUAAUGAUAAUCCGAAGACAUCUGGAUGACCAUGGCUCUACAGCCAUGUAUUAUAAUAAUGAUAAUCCGAAGGCAUCAAGAUGCCCAUGACUCUACAGCCAUGUAUUAUAAUAAUGAUAAUCCAAAGACAUCAGGAUGACCAUGACUCUACAGCGAUGUGUUAUAAUAAUGAUAAUCCGAAGACAUCAGGAUGACCAUGGUUCUACAGCUUUGUAUUAUAAUAAUGAUAAUCUGAAGACAUCGGGAUGACCAUGACUCAACAGUCAUGUAUUAUAAUAAUGAAAAUCUGAAGGCAUCGAGAUACCCAUGAAUCUACAGCCAUGUGUUAUAAUAAUGAUAAUCCGAAGACAUCAGGAUGGCCAUGACUCUACAGCGAUGUAUUAUAAUAAUGAUAAUCUGAAGACAUCAGGAUAACCAUGGCUGUACAGCCUUGCAUUAUAAUAAUGAUAAUCUGAAGACAUCAGGAUGACCAUGACUCUACAGCCAUGUAGUAUAAUAGGUUCAUAGGUUCAUAGGUUUAUACUAGGCUAUCUGCCCUAAGGCAUUUAUAAGCCUAGCCCAAAUUUUUGUGGCUUACGCCACCCCUUAU